AUGAGAUAUCUCUCUGCAGCCACCGUUCUGGCGCUUGCCGCCCAAGCCAGUGCCCAAGAUUUGGUCGCAGCCCUGCAGGCGGACCCCGACCUGAGCACCCUCCUGGGCGCCAUCUCUGCGGUCCCAGGCCUUGCGGACCAGCUCGACGCCGCCGAAGGCAUCACGAUAUUUGCUCCAGUCAACGCUGCCUUCGAGGCUGUCGACCCGGCCAGUGCUGCCGGGCAGGCAAUCGGGAACAACGACGUGGAUGGCAUCGCCUCGGUGCUGUCAUACCAUGUGGUCCCGCAGACAAUCCCUAGCUCUGCCAUCACGGCUACGCCUCAGUUCGUGCCAACUCUCCUCACCCCUGAGAAUGUGAUUGGCGGUGCUGCAGCGACACUCGUCACCCCUGCUCAGAACCUGGGUGCCCAACUCAACGGGUCGAGUGUCAUCCUCCGCUCUGGAAACCUCGCGACAUCAACCGUGACCCAAGCUGAUGUUGUCGUUGGAGGGGCAACAAUCCACAAGAUUGACUCGGUUCUCACCAUCCCAACAAACGCCUCGACCACCGCUACUGCUGCAGGGCUAACCGGCAUUGUGGGUGCUCUCACAAGCGCGGGUUUGGUCGAAACCAUCGAUUCUGAGCCCGAUAUCACCGUCUUCAUCCCUUCCAACGAGGCCUUUGAAGCCAUCGCCGAUACCGUAGCCGGCCUGACCACGGAGCAGCUCCAGCAAGUGCUCCUCAAGCAUAUUGUUCAGGGUGCGGUGAUAUACUCUCCCAGUAUUCCUGCUGGCGAGACAGUUGUUGAGAGCGCUCUCGGCGAGCACCUUACUAUCACCAACAAGGAUGGCGCAAUCACUGUCAACGACGCGACGGUGAUCUCAGCUGACAUCCUCUUGUCGAACGGGGUCGGACACUUGAUCGACAGCGUCCUCAUUCCAAAUGACCUGAGCUCCGGCAGGGGACCCACCGGCAUCAAGGUGAUCGUUAUUGGGGCCGGUCUUGGCGGGUGUGCCGCGGCACUCGCCAUGAAGCAUCACGGGCACGAUGUAGUCGUGUAUGAGAAGCUCGCAAACUUCCGCCGGUUAGGCGACUCCCUGGGCCUGGGCGAGAACGCACUCAAACUGCUACGACGCUGGGGCGGCGAUGCCUUGUAUCACUCGCUCACGUCCAUUGGAAAUCAAUCGCCGGAUAUGCAGAUUCGCAGGUGGCACGAUGGGAAGAUCCUGGCCCAGCAGCCGUUGAUGGACAUGGCUGGGCACAUAGGCCACCGUGGGGAUUACCACGAAGCUUUCUUGCGUGGCGUGCGCGAUGCCGGCAUAGAGAUCAAAAUGGGAUACGAGGUUGUUGGAUUUGGUGAGGGCGACGAUGAGGAUUCCAGACCAAGCGUUGCCUUCCAGGAUGGGACAGUGGUCAGAGCUGAUGUUGUUGUCGGCGCGGAUGGGAUCAAGAGCCGCGCACGAGAGCUUGUCCUAGGGUUUACAGACGCCCCGAAAAGCAGCGGGUACUCGUGUUGGAGGGCAUAUUUCCCUGACAUGGAGAUCAAAGAGUCUUGGUUCCAGGAAGGAGACAUGGCCGACGUGCGAGAGCAUAUCCAGGGCUUGGAUCCCAGGAUCGCCGCGGCAGUCGAGAAAACACCCGCGCUCUUGGACUGGAAGAUCUGCUAUCGAGAUCCAUUGCCAACCUGGAUUUCCAAACAGCACAAUAUUGCCCUCCUCGGUGACAGCUGCCAUCCACAUCUUCCCACCAGUGCGCAGGGUGCGAGUCAAGCAACAGAAGGCGCUGCGGUCCUGGCAGUGUGUUUAAAGCUGGCGGGACGCGAUCAGAUUCCACUAGCCACGAGGUCCUACGAGAAAAUCAGGUUCGCUCGGACCAGACAGAGUCAGACUGCGGGAGAGGACCUUCGUGAUCGAUGGCACAACGCUCUUAAAGGGUUAGAAGAGGGAGUAGAGAUCGACCCGGAGUCGGUAAAGAUGCGCAAUAGAUGGUUAUACGCUUAUGAUGCUGAGGAAGACACUGUGGCCCGGUGGGAAGAGGUGUCGUCCAGGGUUGCAGAGGAAUUGAGGUCGGGCAAGAUCGAACCACUUUGCACCGUUCUACCAAAGACUGCGACCCAGCCCUACCUGCCAAAAAUCACUUCGGCGUCGUCCCUUGUCACUCGUAUACUAGAUCCGAACACCACCACGACCCCUCCAGUCGACAGCACAGAUGCCAAUACCCAGACGAUGACAACCAUCACCAGGAGCGACGGCCGUAUCCAAACCCUGCCCAUCCCGUACCCCAUGCCAACCAUCAUUGACCCUGGCCCUCCAGAAGAUAAAGGUCACUAG